AUGAAGAGAUCCAAAUCCAAAUCAAUUGGUGCUUCAGAUGGUAACGUCGUCGGUGCUUCUGCAUUCUCUACUACUGGUGCCUCCUCCCAAGCAGUUGUAGGGUCUACGACAAGUGAUAUGGCAUACAAAGAUUGUGAUGUACCAUUAUCUCCAAUAAUAGCCUUGAUUGAUGACGAUAAUUCAAAGGAUAAUUCUUUUGAUCACAUUGAUGACAUGUCAAUGUCAAUGCCAAGUGGUGAUGAGGCAGCGACUGGUGGUACUAGUGAUGCUUCUGGAGGGGAUUCAUUGGGUGGACGCCGAAGAGGAAAGAAGCUAAAGGUUUCACCCAAAGUUGCUACUGUAAAGGGGAGGAAGCGGUCAACUUGUUGGAAUAACUUCACCGAGGUUAAAGUUACUUCCAAGGUAACUCCAGGGGAGACAGAAACAAAGGCUAAGUGCAAGUAUUGCCAUUCAUUGUAUGCUUACAAGGCUGGGGGAGCUACUACACAUCUUGUGAGGCACAUGAACAAGUGCACGCCUUACUUGAACCAGUUGGCCAAGAAGAGGGCUCAAGCUGUUCUCAACUUCACGGCAGAGAAAGGUGACUCAGAUAUCCCUCUCAUUGUCACCCCUAGUGAGUAUAACCAUGAGGAAACUCGUAAACUGAUAGCUAAGAUGAUAAUUGUUCAUGAGUACCCAUUUAGGAUGGUAGAGCAUACUUGGUUCAAUGUCGUGAUGAGGUAUUUAAACCCUUCAUAUCAGUUUAUUGGUAGAAAGACCAUAAGAAGUGAAUGCUUGAAGGUUUUUCAUUCUGAGAAAGAAAACCUCAUGAAGAGUAUUAGGAGUGUGGAAGUGAUUAGCUUAACAUGUGAUUUGUGGACAUCAAAUCAAAACCUUUGCUACAUGGCGUUGGUUGCCCAUUACAUAGAUAAAAAUUGGACAAUGCAAUGCCGAGUGCUGAACUUUGCAGAGUUGGAUCCUCCACAUACUGGGAAUGUCAUAGGUCAGGCCAUCUUUGAUUGUCUAGCUGAAUGGAAAAUUGAAGACAAGGUUAUAACAAUUACUCUUGACAAUGCUUCCAACAAUGAUACAGCUGUCAAGGGUUUAAAAGCUAAGCUAGCAGCUAGACGAUCAAGUUGUUACAAUGCUAAAUACUUCCAUGUUCGUUGUUGUGCUCACAUUAUUAAUUUAAUUGUGAAUGAUGGCUUAGCACCCUUGGCAUCUUUGACAAAGAACAUAAGGUCUACUGUUAAGUACAUCAAGAAAUCUCCAUCUCGUAUACACAAGUUUUUAGAAAUCUGUAGAAAUCUUGCAAUGGAAUUGGGAGAGGGCCUGAAACUUGAUGUGACCACAAGAUGGAGUUCAACUUAUCAUAUGUUGAGAACUUGCAUUGCAUAUCAGCAAGCAUUAGAUUCAUAUGCAGAAACAGAUUUAAAUUAUGAGUGGAAGCCCAGCCCAGAAGAGUGGGAUUUGUAUGCAUCAAUUGAGCCAAUACUUGGGUCUUUGGCUGAGGUUACUACUGCAUUUUCAGGAUCAACCUAUCCCACUGCAAAUAUUUUUUACCCCCAUAUUGUCAAUGUGAAAGUUGCUUUGAGAGAUGCUUGUGCUUCACAAGAUGCUAAUUUGAAGAAUAUGGGAAAAGCGAUGUUGGAUAAAUUUGACAAGUAUUGGAAUGUGAAAAACAAUGCAAUGGUGCUUGCUACUGUUCUAGACCCAAGGUACAAGUUAAGAUUCAUUGAAUGGUGUUUUAAGAAGAUUUAUCCAACUGAUUUUGAAAAGGAGUUAGCUGAAGUUCGAACUGAAUUGAAUACACUUUAUGAUAAGUUUGAGAAGGAGCAUAGGGAAAAGAUGGCAGCUAGCAAAGGUAGGAGCUUGAGAGCUUCAUCAUCAGUUUCAACUUCUGACAUAAACAAGUCUCUACCCUCUGUCUCAAGCAAUUUUCAGUCUUAUUUGCAAUCUUCUUCUGAAGAUGCAUCAAAGUCUGAGAUGCUUUUAUAUCUUGAUGAACGAAAUGAGGACUUAGCGAACAAAGCUUUUGAUCUACUUGUGUGGUGGAAGUUGAAUGGCUAA